AUGGGCCAAGGACGUCCAAGAACUUCAUUUGUCAAACAAAUGAUUUCCGAUGCUAGACUAUCAAGCUACGCCGAACUGAAGAGAAUUGGUUUCAACCGUAACAACGCACGUCCCAGAAGAAUUAUAGUUAAAUUCAUAAAUCACCAAGAUAAAAUAAAUACACUUAAAGCUCGACAAUCAAAAAGAAAUUUUUCUACUAAGGAAAUUGGUAUACAGCYWGAUAUGCCUAUUUACAUUAGAGAAAAUUUAACAACAAAAARUAACAAGCUAUUCAAAGAAGUUUUGAAUGGUGAUAGUGUAAUUGACGAUCCGGAUAUAAAUUAUUUUCUGAAGUCGUUGUCAGAUUAUUGUCAUCGUGGAUCAUCGAGACUGGACUUUUUCAACAGUUGUUUGGCUUCGAGUUGUGUCAAAUACCAAUUGUGCUUAGCCCUGCGACAUUUGACUCAGUGCGAUGUAGGCAUAUGGUCCGAUCUAAUGGGAGAAGAAUGUAAUGGUGAAUUAUAUUUUAGUUCUUCUGAUAUACGACCUACCAAGACUGCUUUAGAUGGGUAUCAGCGAAUUCGAACUGUUGGGAAAGGAGCGUUUGGAGUGGCCACUUUGUACCGAAACACAAAUAAAAAUAAUUUAGUUGUAAUCAAACAGAUAAACAUGCUAGAUAUGACUGCACAAGAGAGACAGCUAGCUUUGAACGAAGCUAAAGUCUUAUCGUUACUCAGCCAUCCACAUAUAAUAAGUUAUUAUGGGAGUUUUGAAAUGGACGGUGUUCUCAUGAUUGAAAUGGAAUAUGCAGAUGGUGGUACUCUAGCAGAGUAUUUGAUCGGUCGUAAUACCAAUUUAUUACCCGAAAGACAAAUUUUAGAAAUGUUCUUACAAAUGUCUGAAGCAAUUCAAUGCAUUCAUCAACGUAAUAUUUUACACAGAGACUUAAAGACAACAAAUGUUUUUCUAACAAAAAAACGUCAAAUAAAGUUAGGAGAUUUCGGUAUUUCAAAAAUAAUGACCACGAAGUUACAAGCGUUAACAGUUGUUGGAACACCAUACUACAUAAGUCCAGAAAUGUGUGAGGGUAAACAAUAUGAUCAGAAAUCCGAUAUUUGGGCAUUGGGUUGUAUAUUGUACGAGAUGGCGAGUCUUCAGCGUACUUUUGAUGCUUCCAAUUUACCGGCACUAAUUCAUUUUAUAACAAAAGAACAUUUUGCUCCAAUACCAUUGUGUUAUUCAUUAAAUUUAAAAAAAUUGGUGAACGAUUUACUGCAAAAAGAUCCACUCCGAAGACCCAGUGCCAAUUAUUUAGUCGAAACAGUGCCUGAUUUUAUUGAUUUUAUAACCGAUUCUAAUUGGGUUCAUGAAAACAGUGAAUUCGAAUCAAAUAGYGAAGAUUUACUAARCAGUAAAAUCUCUUUAUAA